UUUUUUUUCUCUUUCUUUCUACAUAUUCAUUUAUGCUAGAGAUACCGGAUAAACUAUGGCUCUCUUCUGGCCUAGCAAUUACUACCUGCCUUAGUGCUUUGAUCUUAUCUAUACAACGUGGGUUUUAUAAUAAAAUUCAACUUCCUCUUGAAGAUGGUAAUGAUCAAGUCACUGUCAAAUAUGAUCAAGACCGUGAUCCCAAUGUUCCAUUUGCUGAUACCGACAGAAUACCUCGCAUUCUUUUUGGUACUUCAAUGUUAACUCUUCUCUCUAUUUAUGGUCUUUACUCUCAAGUUCUUACUUUUGACAAGCACGUGAAUGAUCAGCAAUCAGUUUAUGGUAUCCUUAGUUCUACUUUUAUUCUCAUUACAUGGUUGUAUGCUUUGGCUCUCACUAUUGUCUCCCGUCGAUAUCAAUUCCCUAGUCAAUGGGGUUUUGUUCUCAAUGUUCAUUUAUGUAUCAUUUACUUUGUUGCUUGGUUUAUUUCUCUUCAUGAUAUAUGGACCGCCUUUACCACUAACCCUGGUAUGCCUUGGUUGAACUCUCUACCUUUGGUAUUACAAUUUUUAUUAUUGACUGACAUGGUAUAUACUACAGCAACGACUGAUCGUGGUGCUCCUUUUGUGGAUGAAAAUGGAAAAUCUGUUACUGCUAUUGAUGUAUCUUCUAUCUGGAGCUAUUUGACUUUUUCUUGGGUUACUCCUCUAGUUCAUUUGGCUUACAGUAAACAGAAAUUGACUGAUGAUGAUUUACCCACACUUCCUCCCAUCUUUCGUGGUCGAAAUCUCUUCUAUAUUUUUGGUGAACAUCGUGAUUCUUCCUUGUUAUUACGUAUCUAUCUUGCAAAUCGUACUGCUAUUCAUGCUCAAAUUGUACUGGCAUUCGUCUCCUCUUUCUUCUAUUAUGCUCCUGCCUAUUUUGUCAAUCAAUUAUUGAUUUUGAUUCAAGAUAUUGGUUCCGGAAAAGCUGGUGAUGAUGCAAUGAGUCAUGGUAUCUUGAUUAUUGCUGGUUUAGGUGCAUCUGUUGUGGUAGUUAGUCUUAUUGUAGCUCAAUUAUGGUACUUUGCUGGUUCCUCGGUGCAAGUACGAGUCAAGGCAAUGUUAAAUAUUGAAAUCUAUCGAAAAACCCUCCGACGUAUGGAUAUGGCUGUUUCUUCUGGCAAUAAAGAAAAAGAUGGUAAACAAGACAAAAAUGAUGACAAUGGAAAGAAUGACGACAACAAGAAAAAAGAAGAUGAUGGUGGUGAAGAAGAAGAAGAUGUUAGUUCAUCUACUGGUACUAUUGUCAACUUGAUGAGUACUGAUUCCAAUCGUAUCUCUGAAUUCAGUACUUGGUGGUUCUCUGUGUUGGCUGCUCCUACCGAAUUGUGUAUUGGUAUCUAUUUCUUGUAUCAUCUUUUGGGCGUUUCUUGUUUCUUGGGACUUCUCGUUAUGGUUGUCACUCUACCUGCCAAUCAUUACAAUGCUAAACUCUUUGCAAAAUCUCAAGAUCGUCUCAUGGAAGCUCGUGAUAAACGUGUGAAUUUGAUGAACGAAGUGCUUCAAGGGAUCCGACAAAUCAAAUUCUUUGCUUGGGAAGCUAACUGGGAAAAACGUGUCAUGGAUGCAAGAAAGAUUGAAUUGAAGCAUUUACGUACUGGUUACUUGGCCGAACUUGGAUUUAACUUUUUAUGGCAAGGAUCGCCUAUUCUUGUCACCAUUGUAUCUUUCUACUCAUUCACCAAAUUGGAAGGCAAGGAAUUGACAGCUCCUAUUGCAUUUACUGCCAUUACUGUCUUCAAUGAAUUGCGAUUUGCUCUCAACGUUUUGCCUGAAGUCUUUAUCGAAUGGUUACAAGCAUUGAUUAGUAUUCGUCGUAUUGAUCAAUACUUAAAUGAACCUGAAAUCGUCCCACCACCAAAACUUGAUGCUAAUGAACCUGUGAAACUCUCAUUCAAGGAUGCAACUGUUGGUUUCAAACGUCAAACCAUACCUUCGAUUUCUGUCACUAAUACUGAAUCUGAUGAUGGAACAGCUACACCUUCUGAUGAAUCUGAUGGCUUUAUAUUGAAAGAUUUAAAUUUGGAAUUCCCCAACAACGAACUCAGUCUGAUCUGUGGUGCUACAGGUAGUGGAAAAACUUUGAUGAUGCUUAGUCUUCUUGGUGAAGCUGUUUUAUUGGAAGGUCAAGUCUCUUGUCCCCGUGUUGAAGUGGCCGAUACCGUUACUGAUGAAUUCAAGACUACAACAGAAAUUGAUGAAAACGAUUGGAUUUUGGAUCAUGCAGUGGCAUAUGUCGCACAAACUGCUUGGUUACAAAAUGCUUCCAUUCGUGAUAAUAUUCUGUUUGGUUUACCUUAUAUUGAAAAACGUUACAAAGAUACUUUGGAAGCUUGCUCUUUGGUCAAGGAUCUCAGCAUUCUAGAAGAUGGUGACAUGACUGAAAUCGGUGAAAAAGGGAUUACUCUUUCUGGUGGUCAAAAAGCCCGCGUUGCUCUAGCUAGAGCUGUCUAUUCUCGUGCCAAAAAUGUCCUUAUGGAUGAUGUUCUCAGUGCUGUAGAUGCUCAUACUGCUAAACAUCUUUAUGACAAAUGUCUUAUGGGACCCUUGAUGAAUAAUCGUACUCGUGUGCUCAUCACUCAUCAUGUAAAAUUAUGUCUUAGUGGUGCUACUUACCUUGUCCAUAUUCGAAGUGGAAGAACAGAUCUUGUAGGUUCUCCAUCAGAUUUACGUCGAUCGGGUGAACUCAAUACUAUUUUGGAAGAAGAAAAGAAUCAAGAUUUGGCUGAACAAGAAGAAGAAGCUAUCGAAACAACUAACAGUGUACCUACUAAUGCUACUGAAGCCGAUACAUCUGAUGAUACGAAGAAAGCUCCCCGUGUGUUAGUUGAAGAAGAAAAUCGUGCUACUGGUAUGGUAAAGCUACGUCUAUAUAGUAUGUAUUUGAAAAUGGUUGGAAGUCCAUUCUUUUGGCUUUUGGUUGCUAUUCUCUUGUUUGGCUCUCGUGGUUUGGAUGUGACAGAAAGUUGGUGGAUCAAGAACUGGGCUCGAUCUUAUGAAGUUGAAAGUCCUGGUGCCCAUGUCUCUAGUGUUACAUCAGUGAAGAAUCAUCCUACUUUUUCUUAUCUAAGUCUUCCUAUGGCAACCUCAAAUGAUAUGCGUAUUUCAUCAAAAUCCGAUGAUGAUCUGAACUAUUACCUUGGAAUUUAUGUGCUUAUCACGUCUAUCAAUAUCUUGGUUGCGACUUCCCGCUUUGCCGUGAUUUAUUAUGGUAUCCUUCGUGCUAGCAGGAUUCUUUAUGCUGAACUACUCCACCGUGUUCUUCGAGCCCCUCUACGAUUCUUCGACACUACUCCUAUUGGUCGCAUUUUGAACCGGUUCGCCAAAGACAUUGAAACAAUUGAUUCCACCAUUCCUAACGAUUUACUUAAUUUCGUCAUCCAAUGGAUAGUCGUAUUUUCCAGCAUCAUCGCUGUAUCCUUCGUCUUACCUGCAUUUGUCAUUCCAAUGAUAAUGGUGGCAGCUAUCAAUAUUGCUCUGGGUGUGAUGUUUGUUUCGACAUCUCGUGAACUUCGUCGCAUGGACUCUGUUUCUCGUUCACCUCUAUUCAGUCAUUUUACUGAAACCAUUGUUGGUGUUGCCACUAUUCGUGCUUUUGGUGCUACUCGUCGCUUUUUACAAGAUAUGAUUACUCGUGUGGAUGUGAAUGCCCGACCUUAUUAUAAUGUAUGGUUGGUGAACCGUUGGGUCAGUGUCCGUUAUGCCUUUAUGGGUGCUGCCAUCAAUGUAGUAACAAGUCUUAUCAUCUUGAUGAAUUUGAAAUAUAUUGAUUCUUCUUUGGCUGGUUUCUGUCUUAGUUUCAUUCUUCUGUAUAGUGAUGAGAUGUUCUGGGCUAUUCGUCGUUAUACAAGUUUGGAAAUGAGUUUCAAUGCUGUUGAACGUGUGGUAGAAUUUAUGGAAAUGGAUCAAGAACCUCCUGCUAUCUCUCAGCUACGACCCCCUGCCGAGUGGCCUAAGCAUGGUGCUAUUGAUGUUCGCAACUUGGAAGUACGAUAUGCUCCCGAUCUACCUGCUGUACUCCAUGAUUUAUCUUUUUCUGUCAAUCCACAAGAAAAGGUGGGUGUUGUUGGUACAACUGGUUCUGGAAAAUCAACUCUUGCUCUUUCCUUCUUCCGCUUUGUUGAAGCAAGCAAAGGUAGUAUUGUUAUCGACAAUAUUGAUAUCAGUGAUCUCGGUACUGAAGAUUUGCGAAGUAAUUUGACUAUCAUCCCACAAGAUCCUACUUUGUUUAGUGGUACACUCAGAUCAAAUAUGGAUCCUUUUGAUCAAUUCAGUGAUGAUGAUAUUUUCAUUGCUUUACGUCGUGUUCAUUUGAUUCCUUCUGACGAUGAUACUAUUGAUGAAACUGAAAUUGGUGGUGUCAACUCAAAUGUAUUCAAAGAUUUGGAUACUAAUGUAUCUGAAGGUGGCAAGAAUUUCUCUCAAGGUCAACGUCAAUUAUUAUGUCUCGCUCGUGCCCUAUUAAAACGAAGUCGUAUUGUAUUGAUGGAUGAAGCAACUGCUAGUGUAGAUUUUGAAACUGAUAAGAAAAUUCAAAGAACAAUUGCAACUGAAUUCGCAGAUUGUACCAUCUUGUGUAUUGCCCAUCGUCUUUUGACUGUCGUGGAAUAUGAUCGUAUCUUGGUAUUACAUCAUGGCAAGAUUUUGGAAUAUGACAGCCCAAUCAAUCUCAUCAAUAACUCUGACUCGGCUUUCCACAAGAUGUGUCGCAAGUCUGGUGAAUACGAAACAUUACUUGCUGCUGCCAAGGGAAAACAGCUUGUUGAUACAGAAUAAGUAAUAAGGAUAGUUAGUUAGUUAUAUUUUUAUUCUUCUCUUUAGACUAGUUUACAAUUUUUAUUAUUAUCAUCAUCAUUAUAUUUUAUUCCCAUUCUAUAUAGAGAAUAAUAAUAAAAAAAAAGAAGGUACUUCCUAUCGAUAAACUC